GAUACAGGGUAUCACCGGCGGCGGUGGAGGGCCGGGGCGGUCGACACGAGAGUGUCAAGUGUGUGUUUGACUCCGGCUCAACGAGAAGAGAGCGAGAGCAGAGCAGAGGGUUGUGUGCGCAGCAGGUUGCAUAAACAGCGUGCGCGUGAGCAGGGCUGUCGGCGAGCCCACGAGCCGGAAGGAGACAUGAGUUUGGUCGCGAGUAGCGAGGAGGGCAUGCCCUGAGAUGGAGGCCCGCAAGCCAGGGAUGGCCGGGUGGCGCAAGUUGGUCUUCAUGCUGCUCUUUUUCGGCGCCGCUGCCGUCGUCUACGUGCUGCAGAACGCUGACCUCGGCGCCGCCAAACUCUACCCGGACCCAACCUUCAUCGACUUUACAAAUGAGACUGAAUUUCAAAAUGUUGCUGUAACGUCGUCAGAGACGGAGAACGCAGCCCAGGGACCCUUUCUCAUUGACACGAUCGGCUGUAAAAUUCCAGACAUGCCAGCCAACAAUUCCAUGAUUGCCAAAUUCACCAAGGACGUUCAGCCGACCCCAGAGUGCGACAAGGAUUGGUGGCCUCUGCAGGGAAAACUGAAGACGCGCGGUCCAGCGUUGGUGCAGAGCGACCUGGACUCGCUCUACCUGAGUUCGCUGGCCAAGAACCUGAGCUGCUGCUACCGGCCCUUCACCAGGGCCGCGCCUGACGCCGCUGGCGUCGACAACAAAUCCGUAUUUAGCAAGAUGUGCAUUCCGUUCAAAAACCGGGACAGAGUGGAGCAGCGGCACGAGUUCGUGCGGGUCGAGUGCUACAAGAAUUCGACGCGCGGCGGCCCGCAGCUCGCUUACAAGGACUUCCACGCCUUCGUGCCCCUCAAGCCGAACGUCGAGGGACGCUGCACAGAUGCAGACCAAAGCCCAAAUCAGGUAAGCGUGGUGAUUUUGGGAAUCGACUCGGUGUCCCGUCUGAACAUGCUGCGGGAGCUGCCGUUGAGCGUGGCGGCGUUGGAGGCGGCGGGCGGCGUGCCGCUGCUGGGCUACAACAAGGUGGCGGACAACACCUUUCCGAACCUGAUGCCGCUGCUGACGGGCCUGGCCGAGUCGGAGCUGAAAGAAUUGUGUCCGUGGCCGGGUCCGGAGCGGGCCAUCGACGCGUGUCCCUUCGUGUGGCGCCGCUUCGCCAAUGCCGGCUUCCGCACCGUCUACGCCGAGGACAGCACCUGGAUGACCACCUUCAACUAUGCCAAGGCCGGAUUCCUCCAACAGCCCACCGAUUACUACGCUCGACCUUUCCUCCAGAACGCGGAGGAACAAAUUGGCCACCUGAAAAAGUGGAACGUGAAACUGUGCAGCGGCUCGAGGCUGACGGUGCACAACCUGCUGGGCUACCUGUCCAAGGUGCGGCAGCGGUUCGCCGAGUCCAACUGGUUUGGCCUUUUCUGGUCCAACUCGGUGUCGCACGACGUGCUCACCAUGCCGCACAUCGGCGACGCCGCCUUCGCCGCCGCUGUCAACGCAAUCGACUUCAACCGCACCGCCCUCCUCUUCAUCAGCGACCACGGCAUGCGCUGGGGGCCCAUCAGGGACACUUACCAGGGUUGGCUAGAAAGUUGCCUGCCAGCGGCGUACAUGGUGCUGCCACCCUGGUUCGAGAAGCUAUACCCUGAAGCAGUUAGAAACCUUAGGCAAAACGCCGCUUCCCGGCUAACGACGCCCUUCGACCUGCACGCCACCCUGACGGAUCUAAUCCACCCUGACAAAGGGCUGAAACACCCGAGAACCACGACACGGGGAAUCAGCCUUUUCAGAUCCAUCCCUGAGAACAGGACCUGCGAGUCCGCCAGCAUACCUGAAUCCUUCUGCACUUGCCAGACGAGUCGCCCUGUGGAAACGCGGAGCGUGCCCCACAAGGCGGCAGAGGCGGUAGUGGCCCGGCUGAACACGGCGCUGAUGUCUGCGCCGGAGUGCGCGGCGCUGAGCGUGGGUUCUGUGAUGUCGGCGCGCGAGAUGGGCCAGCACCACCUGCAGCUCGUGGUUCGGACAAUGCCGGGCGACGCCCACUUCCAGGCCACUGUCAGCAAGGUGGCCGACAACCGUUACGAAGUGCACGGCCCCGUCGCCCGCAUGAACCUCUACGGCAACGCCAGCUGGUGCGUCAGCAACUACCUCCUCAAGCCCAUCUGCUUCUGCUUGUGAAGGACAAAAAUAAAAAUUCAGAAGCUCAGGGUGUCUUCCGCGGACGACUAGUCAAAACAGAGACUGUUGAAAGAAAUAAAGAUUUAUCUUUUGAUACACACUAGA